UCAGAUCGCCCGGCCAAUCAUAUCCGUUCUUGUUCAGCGUUUCUCCAAUAGGGAGGGGUCUUUUUAGUCUGCGCCAGAGAGAAACAAGAAGUUUCCAAAAUGGUGCUCGAAAGUACCAUGGUUUGCGUGGACAACAGCGAGUACAUGAGGAAUGGAGACUUCCUGCCCACCAGACUGCAGGCCCAGCAGGAUGCUGUCAACAUCGUUUGCCACUCCAAAACACGGACCAACCCGGAGAACAACGUUGGGCUCAUCACCAUGGCAAAUAACUGUGAGGUCCUUACCACGCUGACACCAGACACGGGCCGCAUCCUGUCCAAAUUACACGCUGUCCAACCCAAAGGAAAAAUCUCGUUCUGCACAGGCAUCAGAGUGGCUCAUCUGGCUCUAAAACACAGACAAGGCAAAAACCACAAAAUGAGGAUCAUUGCCUUUGUUGGGAGUCCUGUGGAGGACAAUGAAAAAGAUGUCCUACAGCUUGUUAAAAUGGCAAAGCGCUUGAAAAAGGAGAAGGUGAACGUGGAUAUCAUCAAUUUUGGAGAGGAGGGGAUGAACACAGAGAAGCUGACUGCAUUUAUUAACACUCUAAAUGGAAAGGAGGGAACAGGCUCCCACUUGGUCACAGUCCCUCCUGGACCCAGCCUGGCCGACGCACUGCUCUCCUCUCCCAUCCUGGCCGGUGAGGGAGGCUCCAUGAUGGGGCUGGGCGCCAGCGACUUUGAAUUCGGCGUUGACCCCAGUGCUGAUCCUGAGCUGGCCUUGGCCCUGCGUGUUUCAAUGGAGGAGCAACGACAGAGGCAGGAGGAGGAGGCACGCAGAGCUGCUGCUGCCUCCGCUGCCGAGGCAGGCGUGCCCACACCCAGCGCAGACGAGUCAGAGGAGGCCUUGAUGAAGAUGUCGGUUUCUCAGCCUGAGAGCGCUCCCGCAGUGCUUCCUGAUUUCAGCAGCAUGACAGAAGAAGAACAGAUAGCUUAUGCCAUGCAGAUGUCUUUAGCUGGAGGAGAGUACGGUGAAAUGGACGCGGGAGCCGCAAUGGACACUGCAGAAUCAGCCAAGGAGGAAGAUGACUAUGAUGUAAUGCAAGACCCAGAGUUCCUUCAGAGCGUCUUGGAGAACCUGCCAGGAGUCGAUCCUAACAACGAGGCCAUCCGCAACGCAAUGGGCUCCCUGGCGUCGCAGACAGGAAACAAGCAAGACGGCAAAAAAGACGAAGAGAAGAAGAAAUGAGACAUCAAAGCAAAAGAGAAAUGAACAAUUGCAGGAUUUCUUUACAGACAUGAUUGCUGAUGCACCGCUCUGCAUGACGGCGCUCUCACAGCCUUCUAUAAAACGUCAAAUAAUAACAAAAAACAGUAUUAAAUCACAGCCUAGUUUCUUAUUCGACAACAUAAGUUCUCGUGAAGCACAAAUUGGUGAAUUUAUAAACUAUUAGGGUAAUUUACUGGACUCCGGUUAACACUCUCCAGCUGGCAUUUUAUCUACAGGGUAUGAUUAAUAAUUGAUUCAUUAGAAAAAUAAAUGAUCUGACUGUAGACUAAACAAUUAUUCUCUCCUCUUUUGGUGUGCCGUUUUUAUUUUGCAAUAAAAGCCAAUUGUAAAUGUCUAA